AUGAGGAAAAAAAAUACACAGAAGAGCACCCUAAAGUUAUCAAAAAUGAAUAAAUCAAGCAGCUUGAAGAGCAAUUCUUCCACUGCUAAGGGGAUUAACAAAAAAUCGUCCAGAGAUACAAUCAUCACGGAAGAAGGAAUUCCCCUUGGGAAGAAUGAAACCGUUGUCAGUACUGCUAGCAGCAAUCUGGGGGGGGACGCAUCCCGUGAUGCCGGUUAUGGAAAUUCAGUUAAGUUCCUUUUGGAAGACGGGAAAACCUACGGGACCACAAGUAUAGAUAACGCAAUGAGCUCGAAAAAUUACGCUUACUCUUGUGACAACUCCUUUGUGAAUGUUUCAUCUGGGGACAACUUUUCUUACGCUCCUAGUAGGAGCGCAAAUGGUCAGCAGAGCCCCUUUCAUGCAAAGUUGAAUAGCCAGAGCAAUUACGGUAGCGGAAGCUAUGUUGGAAGCGGAAACUAUGUUGGAAUCAGUAACUAUGGUGGAAGCGGCAACUAUGGUGGAAGCGGCAAAUAUGGUAGUAGUUGCAACAGUAGGAUUGCCUACAAUGCAGGAAAUAGAACCACAAAUUUAGAAAAUUACGACUAUCUAGAUGUUGACACAGCCGUACACAACCAUCAGAGCGAGAACAAUUUCCCAUCACAGGAUAACUAUUCUGGAAGGAACAGGCAGUUGUACUCUGCAGCUAGCACAUUAUCCCCCAUGAACUCAACCCAUGCUAACAUGAGACAAAAUAUUUCAUAUCCAAAAGAAUAUAACUAUAGCAGCUAUUCGAGCAGAAGUCCUCAGCUAAGGGAAGGGAGAUCUUAUUUCCCCUUUAGCCGUAGCAGAGGAGAAGCUCGUUCUUUGUGCAGUUCCCCAACUUUUUCAGGAUACGAAAAUGAAUAUUAUACCUACCCUCAUGGAUCUAAUUUUAGAGACUUCCCUGCACAUUUGUACUAUAUGGCCAAGGAAGAAGAUGGAGACAGCUGUUGUUUUAAGAAAGGAACGAACUGUUCACUAUCUGCUUGCAACUCACACAUGGACAACCCAUAUGAGUACAUAAUUGAGGCACCAAAAAUUCCAAUGACGAUUAAGGCUCCAAAUAAAAAAAAGUUCGAUAUGUUCAAAAAGAUAACCUUAACUGUAGGAACCUACUUGGAUGAUGUUGUAAAUGUAGUGAUAGGGAUGGUAGAGUCUUCCUACAAAUGCAUCGCGAAGAACAAUAAAACUAACCUCUACGACUUGCACCCAUUUUAUAAUCCAGAUCCCUUUUAUUCGAGAAAUGAAAGGCCAACAUUAAAAACAGGAAGUAGUUUGUUGGACAAAAUAAAUUCUGCGCUAGACGGCACGACACUUGAAAAGCACAAAACCUUGCCGAAAGACUUUGGACGAGUUACCAUUCCGAAGACACAGAAAACUGGUAGCAAGUUCGUCGAUGGGAUGAAUAACAUUCUGGACAGUUUGUUGAACGAGCCUUUGUCUUACCAGAAGUAUGAUUACUUUAGUGAUAGGUGUGAGCAGGGGCUAGGUGAUAGGUGA